GGGAGGUGCGGUGUGCUAUUAAAAGCCGACACCGCACACAAUCUUGUUGCUUCCUUUCCAUUCAUACUUUCUCACUCUCCAAGCCAAGUCUUCUUCUCUUCUGGUCUCUGGAUGGUGCGGAGGAGUUUUGGUUUGCGUGGUUUGGAGGUUGAUCGAGCUUUCGGAUGUGCGUUUCGGAGAUGGUCAUCGAUUUUUGUGCGAGCGGAUGUUGUUUAUGUGUGGUAACUGGAGAUGACUUGGGGAGAUUGUAGUGGUUUGGGCGAGUUUUGGAGUUUUUUCCGUGUGUUUGGAGGUCUUUGGGAGUGAAUUUGGGCGUAGAUCGAGUGGAACUAGAGCAGCUGCCAUGUGUGUGGGUGAAAAAGCGCCGUGUGAUCGACGUUGGUGAACGGAAAUGCACUGUGGAUAUGUUAUUGUAGAAUGUAGUGGUUUUGAGAUGCUUGAAGGCAUUGGGUUGGAUUAUUUCUAGUGCGGAUGAAGCGGAGGUCGAAUUCUCAGAAAUUUCACCUUUCAUGGAGGAGAAAAUUUCUCGCUGUGGUUUUACUUGUAUUUUGUCUAGCAACCAUCGGAUUGAUGGAAUCGCAGUACAGUAGAGUCAGAACAUUGAUGUUAAUAUCUCCUCCUUUGCUAAAGCCGAAAAUUGCUUUUCUUUUUAUUGCUCGGAAUCGGAUUCCACUAGAUAUGGUGUGGGAUGUAUUUUUCCAGGGCGAUACUGAGAACAGAUUUUCUAUCUAUGUCCAUUCAAGGCCUGGGUUCUUGCUGACCCAAGCAACAACAAGAUCAGAAUUUUUCUUAAACUGUCAGAUAAACAAUAGCAUACAGGUAGAAUGGGGAGAAGCAAGCAUGAUCAAAGCAGAGCGCAUUUUGCUUCAGCAUGCACUGAUGGAUCCUUUUAACAGUCGGUUUGUUUUUGUCUCAGACAGUUGCAUACCUUUGUAUAAUUUCAGCUACACAUAUGACUACAUAAUGUCUACCUCAAGUAGCUUCGUGGACAGCUUUGCUGAUAAGAAAGAAAGUCGUUACAAUCCAAGAAUGCACCCAACGAUUCCAGUUGAGAACUGGAGGAAAGGAUCUCAGUGGGUUGUUCUGACUAGAAAGCAUGCAAGGAUUGUAGUUGAGGAUGAAUCUGUCUUUCCUAUGUUUCAGUUGCAUUGCAAGAGAAAAUCUCUACCUGAAUUUUGGCGCGACCGUCCAAUACCGGCCGAUACAUCGAAGGAACAUAACUGUAUACCAGACGAACAUUAUGUCCAGACAUUGCUGGCACAAAAAGGCGUGGAAGGCGAAAUUACUAGAAGGUCCCUCACUCACAGCUCGUGGGAUCUCUCAUCUUCCAGAGAUCCUAAAAGGAAAGGAUGGCAUCCCGCAACUUACAAGUUGGCUGAUGCUACACCUGCACUCAUCAAAUCCAUCAAGGAUAUAGAUAACAUCUACUUCGAAACGGAGUACAGAAGAGAAUGGUGCACUAGCAAGGGUAAACCCUCUAAAUGCUUCCUUUUUGCGAGGAAAUUUACUCGUCCUGCUGCCCUGCGGCUUCUUAACACGUCUGCUUUGGAAAUUUCAAGCAAAGAUCAAUCGGAUACAGCAUAGUUAGCUAAUAAUUGGGGAGGAACAUCGAAUCAUCUACUGACCUGCAGAAUAUCUGAAUUUGUGAGAGAUUUCAUUCCACGGGUAAAGUAGAAAGUCAUACAAUAUAUAUAUAAAAAGUAAUGGCAUCUGUGUGCAUCGUUAUAUAAUGCAUAUAUAGUUAUGGCAGUUAAUAAUCCAAAAUUAUUAUAGUAGUAGAACUAGAAGGAUCAUGAUAUGCUUCACCUUUUUGUCAUUAAUAUUGUAUUAUAUAUUAUUCUUGAUUUUCUAGCGCUUCUUUCCUGCUUAGAUUAACAAUGAGAUGAUGGCUUUUAGCAUAUCCUAGAAAAAGAUUCUAAUUCUCUUAAUUUUUUACUUUUUUUUGAAGUUACAAAAUUAGAACAACUCAAACAAUCCUUUGAUCCUUAUGUUAUAGUGAAAUGAAGUAGUAAGUUGUAAGAUGAAUGAGAUGAUUCUUGAGGGGUGUGGUGACCAAUAGGUAGGUAAAAUUGCUUAUAACUCCCUGUGGUUUCGAAAUCCAGCGUAAAAUCUCUCUGUACUUUAAAAAUUGCAUGGUAUUCCCUUAUAAUUUAAAAAACGUUGCAUGAAACUCCACCACCACGAAACUUUCGUCGUGUGAUAAGAAGAUGAUUUCCUAUCUAUAUGUUUUGCAUGACAUGUGGUUUUAUGUAAUAUUUUUUAAAGUAUAAGUGAGCGUCAUGCAAUUUUUUAAAGUAAAAUGAGGAUUUAUGUGGAGUUUCGAAACCAUAAAGUGGUUUCAUGCAAUAUUUUUUAAAGUAUAAGGGGACGUCAUGCAAUUUUUAAAGUAGAAGAGAAAUUUACGCCGAGUUUCGAAACUACAUGGAAGUAAUGGGCAAUUUUGCCCGAAUAGGUAUCAUUAUCAAAUGGUAUUAAUUCGAUUUUGUGGUCAAUUGGUAUGUAUAACAUUAUAUUGGAUGGUGGUGUGGGUGGACUGAAAUAAAAUAAAAUAAAAUAUUCGUGUAGAUGGAAUCCAUAGAGAUAAGUAGAUAGUAGUAUAGUUAGUUUGCUGGUGUCCAUGAAUUUUUGAAAU